GGAAGUCUUCCGAAUAAGAGACGAGAAAGGAAUCGUUGCCUUUGGUGACAAGGAGCUGGCGGAGUUACGAAAGUCCAGCGGCCGAAAGCACUGGCUGAGGUAGAGAGGGGAACGCAGAGGCGGUACGACGUCCGCGGACGGCCGGAACGAUUCGGUCGCGUCGCUGAGGUUUCCGCCCGGGGCCUGAGAGCCGCUUCCGUUGCUCAGCGGAAGUGUGGGUCGCCAGAGGACGACUCCGGGAGGGAUCGGCUCUCCGCUGUGUGCCCAACCGGAAUCAUGUCGAGUUUGGCGGUGAGAGACCCGGCGAUGGAUCGGUCGCUGCGUUCCGUGUUCGUGGGCAACAUUCCGUACGAGGCCACCGAGGAGCAGCUGAAGGACAUUUUCUCGGAGGUGGGUUCGGUGGUCAGCUUCCGACUGGUGUACGACCGCGAGACGGGCAAGCCCAAGGGCUAUGGCUUCUGCGAGUACCAGGACCAGGAGACCGCGCUCAGUGCCAUGCGGAACCUCAACGGGCGCGAGUUCAGCGGCAGGGCGCUGCGGGUGGACAACGCCGCCAGCGAGAAGAACAAGGAGGAGCUCAAGAGCCUCGGGCCCGCGGCGCCCAUCAUCGACUCCCCGUACGGGGACCCCAUCGACCCCGAGGACGCGCCCGAGUCCAUCACCAGGGCGGUCGCCAGCCUGCCGCCGGAGCAGAUGUUCGAGCUCAUGAAGCAGAUGAAGCUGUGCGUGCAGAACAGCCACCAGGAAGCGCGGAACAUGCUGCUGCAGAACCCGCAGCUGGCCUACGCGCUGCUGCAGGCUCAGGUGGUUAUGAGGAUCAUGGACCCCGAGAUCGCGCUGAAGAUCCUGCACCGCAAGAUCCAUGUCACGCCGCUGAUCCCGGGCAAAUCCCAGCCUGUCUCCGGCCCCGGCCCCGGCCCUGGCCCUGGUCCCGGUCCCGGUCCCGGCCCGGGGCUGGGCCCCGGCCCCAAUGUUCUGCUCAACCAGCAGAACCCUCCCCCCCCACAGCCUCAGCACAUGGCCAGAAGACCCGUCAAAGACAUCCCUCCUCUGAUGCAGACCCCUAUCCAGGGCGGGAUUCCGGCCCCGGGCCCCUUACCGGCCGCGGUUCCCGGGCCGGGGCCGGGUGCCUUAACCCCUGGUGGAGGAAUGCAGCCCCAGGUUGGAAUGCCAGGCGUCGGUCCAGUUCCUUUAGAGCGGGGGCAGGUGCAGAUGUCGGAUCCUAGAGCUCCUAUACCUCGUGGGCCCAUGACUGCUGGGGGCCUCCCUCCUCGAGGACUGUUGGGAGAUGCUCCAAACGACCCACGUGGAGGGACUCUGCUUUCAGUCACUGGAGAAGUAGAGCCCAGAGGCUAUCUUGGCCCGCCUCAUCAGGGCCCCCCCAUGCACCAUGCCUCUGGUCAUGACGGCCGGGGCCCUUCCUCACAUGAGAUGAGGGGAGGGCCGUUAGCAGAUCCCAGACUGCUGAUGGGAGAGCCCAGGGGACCCAUGAUAGAUCAGAGAGGUCUCCCUAUGGAUGGUAGAGGUAGUAGAGAUUCUCGAGGGCUGGAGACUCGAGCCAUGGAGACUGAAGUCUUAGAGACACGAGUGAUGGAGAGAAGAGGAAUGGAGACCUGUGCGAUGGAAACCAGAGGGAUGGAAGCGAGAGGCAUAGAUGGAAGAGGGAUGGAGAUACGGGGUCCUGGCCCCAGUUCCAGAGGCCCUAUGACUGGUGGAAUCCAGGGUCCUGGGCCCAUUAGUAUGGGGGCAGGUGGUCCUCAGGGACCUAGACAGGUCUCCAGCAUUUCCGGGGUGGGAAAUCCUGGAGCUGGCAUACAAGGAGCGGGCAUACAAGGAGCAGGUAUGCAGGGGGCAGGCAUACAAGCAGUGGGCAUGCAGGGGGCAGGCAAGCAAGGUGGAGGCCAGCCUAGCAGUUUUAGUCCUGGGCAGAGCCAGGUAACUCCACAGGAUCAAGAAAAGGCAGCUCUGAUCAUGCAGGUUCUUCAACUGACUGCAGAUCAGAUUGCCAUGCUGCCCCCUGAGCAAAGGCAGAGCAUCCUCAUUUUAAAGGAACAAAUUCAGAAAUCGACUGGGGCUUCUUGAAAGGUUUUAGGAAAUGUUUGACAGUAGUCCUAAAGUUUUUCUGUAGCAUGGGGAGUGGAUGCAGAAAACUGACUUCUGCAUUCCCACAGUUGAAUGGUUAGAGUUUCCCUCCCAGAACUUUAUCUCAUUGCAUCUUGUUGUCUUUUUUUGUUGUUGUUGUUUGUAUUUUUAAUAGGGGGUGGGGGGAGGAAGGAGUGGGUCUGUUCACUUUUAUUCACUGUAAAUAUACACAAAUAAUUCUGAACAUGGUUACAGUGUCUACAAUAUGUUAACUACAUUUUUUAAAAUAACUGGGUUAAACAGUGUGAAAACUGCACGUAAAGACUAAACUGACCUGUUAAAAUGGUAAUGUACUAAGAUAGUUAAAGAUUUUUGGUUGUGUAAGAAAAUAAAGAAGUUUACCUCAGAAUUACAAGAUACAUGUUUUGGUAAGCCAUUGAAAAUACAAAGUCCUAUUUUGGGGACAAUGCUGUAUUAGGUUAAGCAUCAUUUUAGUGUUUUAGAAGAUAUUUCAAAAUAGUAGUGCUAAUUAACUUGUGGUAUUAGAAUUGUUUUGUUUUGUUUAAGCUAUGCUACCUGAAUAAUCCAGGAAUGCAUCUGGUGAGAUGUUUCACUUAUCCCAGCAUUCAGACACCUGCAGUAUUCCGGCUUGGCCUUGAGCGGAACGAUUUAGCUGGGGCAGGUCUGGGAUCAGCCAGGUUACUGAAGGCUGCUCCCAUGAGACUCAGCUUCUCUCAAUACCUUCUUUCUCAGUGGUCUUCAAGCCCUGAAUAUGAAUCUUCAGUAAUCCCCUCACAUCCUUUCUGAUUUCAGUGUCUCGGCAGCAGCUGAUCUGGGUGAAUUCUGCCCAGCAUUAGACUUCUCGUAAGUUAUCAAAAGCUUCAUGCUGUGAAGUUCCCAGGUUCCUGGGGACUAGCUUCCAUGUACAGAUGGUACCCAUGUGGUCAGCCAGAGUCAGGACUUAAAAUUAGUCCCUCCAACACUUACCAUGCCUUUCAGUUUUCUUAUUUGCAGAUCUACUUAUUGUCACCCUGUUACCAGAAUGAUUGAGACCCAGGUAUGUAGAGAAAUCUCUGCUCGAAUAGUUAUUACUUACUUUGCUUUUUAUAAUAAAGCCAUUUAGUCCUAAUAUACAUACUCGGAGAGAUUUAAUUAAAAAGUAGGAAGGUGGGGCUUACCACAUUUUCUGUAGAGCUACUACCUAACUCAUUUUCAACCCUUAAAGAUGUGGAUGAACACAUACAAAUUUGUGUCAGACCAAAUUAUAAUUAACAGAAGCAUAAACACCCAAAUAACCAGGUGGCCUUACCCUGGAGAAGAAAAACCAAUGUCUAGUAACAGGAAAAAACAGCAUUUAAUACAAGGAGAGAGCUGAGACUUGGAAACUGAAUUUUUCCCCUUAGGAGGUUUUUGCAUCUUAAAUGGGUAUUUGACUCUUUUUUACAAAGUUUUCUUCCCCUGUGCUAUUUCCUACCACCUGUUUUACUCAUUUUUUUUUAUUGUUUUCAUAAUAUCCACCUUGCCAUGUUUUCUAUAUGCUCCCCACCCCCAUAUUGGGGAGGAUAACUCCUUUGCAUGUAUGAUAGUUUUGGUUAAUAUUAAUUCACAGAGUUGGCUUGAUUACUCGGAAGUUACCAUUGUUUUAUCUCAAAACUUUGACUGAAGGGCUCUGACUGAAAACAGAUGUUAUAUUCUUUGUUGUAGUUAAAUCUGCAUUGUUCAGUGCAGACUGAAUAAAAGGAAUGUAAAAUUAA